AUGCCAGCAAACGCGGGUGAACAAAUCGCGGAGUACGCAGGCGAAUCGGGGCGUAUGACACUACCGGCAAGUGCCAUCGGAGUCUCCGGAGGGUCUGCCGUAGUCCCGACGCAACCUGUGGCGUCCAAGAAGAAAAAUCUUCCGAGAAAUUGUCCGAUAUGUUUAGCAAAGGUCAAGACGCCCGGGACGCUCAGGCGAUGGUUCUCAGACCCAGGACCAGAGACUCCCCCGACUUUUAAGAGGUGGCCCGGCUGCGAACAUAUCUAUCACGCGGAAUGCUUCAACAGAUUGCUCAGCAGCACGCCAGAAGAGCGAUUGCUCUGUUCGAUAUGUCGGGAGCUACCAUCGGAGAAACUUAAAGAAGAUGCGAAGGAAAUCCGAGCCGAAGCGCUUAAGAAAAUCGGAGCCGAAGCACUUGAAGAAGAACCUGAAAAUAGAGAUGCAAACGCUGCAUUAGAAGUCUUGCAACAAGACCUUGCGAUGGCCGAAGAUGCAGACCUGAUUAGCCCCCCAGAGUCCCCCCGAGGCUGGGCUUCUCUUCCUGGAACUUCACACGACGCUGGACCUCGUAGUCACGAGUUUGACUACGCUUUGAGUGAUCCCGACUACGAGCUGGAUCGAGAUAUUGCCCGGGCAGUUUCUCUUUCGCUUGGGCGCGAAGUCGAUCAUCCUUAUCAGCUACCACGUUCUCACAGCUUCAAUGACGGAUGGGGACAUACAAGGGGUUGGCAUGAGGGGCAGGACCGGAGCUUAGAUGUCGCGAUUCGUUGUCAACUGGAAGAGCUUCAAGCAUUACAAGGUCCAGUUCCUCCCGAGUACGCGCACUUGGUCACUGGUGAAUGGGGAGAGACAAUUCAUGGGCACCAGAACGAUGAACUCGAUAGCGAUUUCUUGAUUGCAUCUCAUGAGCAAGAGCAAGAGAAUCAAAGGUCACAAAGUGGAGUUCCUCCCGGGUCGGGGUACGCGCACGAUUAUCACGAGCAUCCCCACGAGGAGAUCAACAGACAUAGACCAACUGCGAUACAACCAACACCUCCCGGGUAUCCACAAGCAAGACCGUCAUGGCACCCACAGCCGGGGCCACAUGAUUAUUCGCCCCAACUGUAUCCCGUUGAUGCGACUUCGGGCCAAUACUAUCCGCAAGAAUACCAAUCGAUGGGCGAAUGGUCGGGGGGAUUCCAGCCGAUUCAAAGAGGAGGCCCUCAUCUCCAGCAAAGUCAAUCUAACAGCUUGCAAGAAUAUCAAGAAAUGUUGCCCCAAUUCUUAUUUGUUUGUGUGAUUUUUUUCUGUUACUAUUUCUUCCGCUGGGCUACAUGUAGCGAUUGCGCUAAAGGACGAUGA